GUAAAAGUCGACAGACUUUUCGGAUCUCGGUCGCCAUCGUGUACAUUGUGUACGUCGCCGCGCACGCCGUCGUUCUUUGGAGCUCAAGCUAACCGUCGCUUCAUCUCUCCACCAGGAGUUCGUAGUAGCCAAGGAAACGAGGAGAGCGAGCAACGAGAAGAGGCGCGAAGGAAACGAGUGCGAAACUAUUCGCACGGUUGUGUGGGCCGCGCACUCGCGCGUACGUGUACACCCAUACGCGCUCGCAUUAGCUAAAGAGAGACAGACGUACGCACCGUCGUCGGCUCAUCCUCGUGUUUCUUCGUACAAUUUCAGUCGUGCUGCGACACAACUCGCGUACGGUGUGUGCGUAAGACUUUCCACUUCCUUUCGCUUGUCUUUCCUUUUUUUUUGGUUUUCUCGUGAAGGAGCGAGGAAGCGGGAGUAAGAGAAAGAGAGACAGAGAAGCGCGAGAAGGGAUUAUAGCAGUGCGGAAGAGGGAGUGUGAGAGAUAGAUAGAGAGAGAGAGAGAGAGAGAGAGAGAGAGAGAGAGCGAGAGAGCAGCGAAUCUCCCGCAAAUUUUAGCGUACGUUUGCCGGACGACGCGCGCCCAGGAGUUUUCCGGCUCUUCCGUAUUCGAAGAGAAAUCACAAAGCAUCAAUGGCUGACCAACUUACAGAGGAGCAAAUCGCCGAGUUCAAGGAGGCGUUCUCGCUGUUCGACAAAGACGGCGACGGCACCAUCACCACCAAGGAAUUGGGCACUGUGAUGCGCUCCCUUGGACAGAAUCCCACAGAGGCCGAAUUGCAGGACAUGAUCAACGAGGUUGACGCUGACGGCAAUGGUACAAUCGACUUCCCUGAGUUCUUAACAAUGAUGGCGCGCAAGAUGAAGGACACGGACAGCGAGGAAGAAAUCAGGGAGGCCUUUAGGGUGUUCGAUAAGGAUGGCAAUGGCUUCAUAUCGGCAGCCGAGUUGAGACACGUCAUGACAAAUCUCGGCGAGAAGCUCACCGACGAAGAGGUCGACGAAAUGAUUCGGGAAGCGGACAUCGAUGGCGACGGACAAGUUAAUUAUGAAGAAUUCGUCACAAUGAUGACAUCAAAGUGAAUUAACUAAUGUGCUUGGGAAAACUCGCGAUUUAGAGUGGUGUUGACGUACUAAAGAAAAAAAAAUGAAGAAUCAAGCGAUAAAAACAAAAAACCAUAAAUGAAAAAACGUCUCAACCAAAAAAGUGGAUAAAGUCUUGUAUCAGGAUGCAAAGGAGUCUUGAACACAAGAUGUUAAUGUCCCGUUCGACAUGUAUUAAUCGUCGUCGUUUACGAUAAGUAAUAAGGGAAAUUAAUAUUAUUUAAUUCAGAGUCUACCAGCAAAAAUGAAAAAAAAAAAAGUAAUUAUCAAUCGGUCAUUUUUCUUAACAAGUAUGUGCGCGUACACAAUAAGCACACACCUGUUAACAAAUGUGUCGUCAAUAUGCUUUUAUUUGCAAACGAUAAAAAACAAAAAACAAACUUUUAAAAUGAUAAAAGAACAAAAAAAUUCGAGUCUAUGUGUAUCGCACGAGGGCACGCAACAACUACAACUACAACAAUUAAAACGAAAACUUUGCA